AUGGGAGUCUCUGACUUCAGGGACGGGCAUUGCUUUGUUCUCUCAAAGUUAGUCCCCGUUGGACGAAUAUGGCUGGAGCCCCUCAUCGUCCAUCGCACUAUCAGCAUGCUAGCUCGAGCUAUCAUCGUCGAGGAGGUCGCGUACCUCACCAGGGAGGAAAUUUCAGUCAAAGAGGACGUCCGGAAGUUGUUGGAACGACUGAUCAGAACGAUCGAACCGUCCGCCAAAUUACUCAGCUUUGGCUCAACAGCGAAUGGACUCAAUCUCAAGAACUCUGACCAGGUGCCCAGUGCUUCACAGUUCGUUCUUCGUGCCGCGCAAUUACUAGAAAGGGAGACAAAAUUCUCCGUGAAGCCAUUACCCAAUGCCCGUUCGUCUACCCCGCAUCACGCCCCUCCCUAUGAAAGUCGUUGA